AUGUAUGAUGAUCCUAUUCCUCAUGAAUUUUAUCAGCCAGGACUCCUUCUCUUUGGUCAGAUCGUUGCUCACAUCUUUGUGUAUCAACAAACGCCAGUUUUCACAGAACAGCCCAAGCUGACAUUGAUCGGAGAACCUCUUUCAGUUCCAAAGUACUAUCAGCAUAUUUUGGCUUUGGCAUUUGCUAUAAAAGAGAUCAAUGAGAAUCCUAUCCUUUUGCCAAACAUCACUUGGGGUUUCCAUAUUCUCAGCAGCUACUACCUGCCAAGGAUGACCUAUAAAGCUACUUUGAACUUACUUUCCACACAACAAAAACAUAUCCCUAAUUUCAAGUGUGAUACCCCAAACAACCUUGUUGCUGUCAUUGGGGGACACACCUCUGAAGCUUCGACCUACAUGGCCACCAUUUUAGCCGUUUACAAGAUUCCACAGUUUCAUCACUUCCUAAGAAGCAUAUAUUUCAACAACAGUGCAGGGGAUACUGUGCAUUUUAAUGAGUAUGGGGAAUUAGUUGAAGUUUUUGAUGUAACAAACUGGAUGACUUUCCCAAAUGCCUCAUUUGUUAGAUUAAAAGUGGGAAGACUGGAUCCACAGGCUUCUUUGGGCCAAGAGUUAACCCUGAAUGAUACUCAGAUUGUGUGGCACAAAAACUUCAACCAGGUGCUGCCUAUUUCUGUGUGCAAUGGCCACUGCCAUCCUGGCUACAGAAAAAGAAGGAAGGAAGAAGAGGAAUUUUGCUGCUAUGAUUGUGCUUCAUGUCCAGAAGGGACGAUCUCUGACCAGAUGGAUAUGGAUGAGUGUGUCAAAUGUCCAGAAGAGCUCUAUCCCAACAGCCAUCACAACCAAUGCCUCCCCAAGAUUAUAGCCUAUCUCUCAUAUGAUCAACCACUCGGGUUCAUCUUAGCUAUGUCGGCUAUUGCUUUCUCUUUGAUCACAGCUUUGGUGUUUGGCACCUUCAUGCAGCACAAGGACACUCCCAUUGUCAAAGCCAACAACCUGAGCCUCACCUACAUUCUUCUUAUCGCCCUCCUUUUUUGCUUCCUGUGCUCUUUACAGUUCAUUGGAAAGCCUGAAAGAGUCACCUGUCUUUUCCGACAAACUGCUUUCGGCAUUGUCUUCUCUGUGGCCCUUUCCAGCGUCUUGGCCAAAACCAUCACUGUGAUUCUGGCCUUCACGGCCACCAAACCUGGAUCCAAGGUGAGGACAUGGAUGAGGAAAAAAAUGGCAAAUUUUAUUGUCUUCUCCUGCUCCUUUAUACAAGCAGGUAUAUGUACUUUUUGGCUCAGUACUUCCCCUCCAUUUCCAGAUAUUGACAUGCAUUCAACGAAUGAAGAAAUAGUAUUGGAAUGCAACGAGGGCUCAGUGUCUAUGUUUUACUGUGUCUUGGGCUACAUGGGCUUCCUGGCCAUUGUCAGCUUCACUGUGGCUUUCCUGGCCAGGAAGUUGCCUGACAGUUUCAAUGAAGCCAAAUUUAUCACUUUCAGCAUGUUGGUCUUUUGCAGUGUUUGGAUAUCCUUUGUUCCAACCUAUCUUAGCACCAAAGGAAAAUAUAUGGUGGCAGUGGAGAUCUUCUCCAUCUUAGCCUCCACCGCUGGCUUAUUGGGAUGCAUUUUUUCUCCCAAAUGCUACAUCAUUAUUCUAAGGCCUGAAUUAAAUAAGAGGGAGCAGUUAAUAAAAAGGAACAAAUGA